UUCCCUCCGUUUCUACGCCGCGCAAACACACCAUCCGCAUUUGACCCACUUUCUGACUUGCACGCAGGCGGUUCUCUCCUUCUGUUCUCUUCGGGAAGCCAACGGUAGCUAGCAGGCGGUAGAAAACAAAACUUCCCCACUAGAAUCGAGAGAGAAGAGGGGAAAAUGGACAUGAAAAAGAGAAUUCACCUAGAAUUGAGAAACAGGACGCCGUCAGAUGUACACGAGCUUGUCCUCGAUAACUGCCGGUCGAACGAGGGGAAGAUGGAGGGCAUCACGGAGGAGUUUGAGAAUUUAGAGCUGUUGAGUCUGAUCAACGUAGGCCUCAUGUCCGUCUCAAAUAUACCCAAACUGCCAAAAUUAAAAAAGCUGGAGCUGAGUGACAACAGGAUAUCAGGUGGUUUGGAGGUGUUGGCAGAGAGGCUGGUCAACCUCACACACCUCAACCUCUCUGGGAACAAGUUCAAGGACAUCAGCACACUGGAACCCCUGAAAAAGCUUCCCCAGCUGAAGUCUCUGGACCUGUUCAACUGUGAGGUCACCAACCUGGCCGACUACAGGGAGAGCAUCUUUAAGCUCCUCCCCCAGCUGACCUACCUGGACGGCUAUGACAUCGAAGACCAUGAAGCGUCCGACUCGGACGGAGAGGGAGACGGCGUCGACGACGACGAGGGGGAGGAGGGAGAGUCAGAGGAGGAAGACUUUGAGGAGGAGGAGGACGAUGAUGACGAAGAGGUCACUGCGGGGGUGGAGGAUGAUGACGACGACAGCGAGGAGAGUGGCGAGGACGGAGAGGUCAACGGAGACUUGGACGACGACGAUGAUGAAGACGACGAUGAGGAUGAUGACGACGAUGAAGAUGAAGAUGACUCGCCGGCGAAAGGAGAGAAGAGGAAGAGAGAUCCUGAGGAUGAUGAGGAAGAUGAGGAAGAUGAUGAUUGAGUGUGUCCCUGCUGUGCCCCCCACCCCUCAGUAUCUCAGAUCCCCCUUUUUUGUCCGCCUUCUGUCCCUACCCCCACGUUCUCCAAACCCCUCCAGCCAAUCAGCCGGGCCCAUUCUACAUGCGGCGCGCUGCUUUGUACCGGGCUCUGUGGGUCCCUUUUUACCCUAUAGUCCCUGGGCCGAAGUAGUGCACUCCAUGUGAAAUGGGCUGUCAUUUGGACUUCUGACCCCCUUGCAAGGACUUGAGUUGCCGUGUGUGUGGGGGGGGCGAGGUCCACCCUCAGACGUCGUCCUGAAAACAACCGACACAAGUAUCUCCCCCACCGCACAGCAUUCCGUGACAUCACCGGGAUGGGCGCCGUCAGUGUUGUCGUCCUGACAUCACCGCCGGUGUUCCAGAUCAGAGCAUCACCUUCCUGUGGGAGGGGCUUUUGUGAUGUCAUCCUCGGCGACUUCAUAGAUCCUGUAAACAAUCUCAUCACCCAGGCAACUGACAUAGGCAACUAUCCACCCUCAACGGUCCCAAAUGGCACCCUAAUCCCUGUUUAGCACGCUUCUUCUGGCCUGCCUGAUAGGGUGCAGUGUGGGGCCCUAUUUAGGGGUUGGUGUUGCCGUGUGAGGCGAAGACAGCUUUUUAAACUUUUUUUGUUUUGUUUUUUCUCAGAGGACUUUGUUGCUUUUUGUUUUGUGUUUUGUCAGCGCCGUCUCUAGCCUCCUCCUGUCCCAUGUGUUGGGGCGGGGCAGAGCUAGCAUCGCUCUCAGGCUGUUCCGGAUGACUCCGCCCCCUCUCUGGGGGAGAUGGGGUUUAUUUGGCACGCAGAAGCAUUCUGGGUACACUGACUUGUGUUUUUUUUACUUUCUGUAAGUUAAAAACAAAAAAAGACAAAACGUACAAAAAUUGACUUUGUAAAUAAAAUCUUAACAUUUUGCUUGUUG